UCCACUAGUAGCGGAUUAAACGAAGACGACGAGAAACUUUCACUGGCAUGCAAACUUUUCAUUCGUCUUCUUUCUCCGAUCUCGAGAGAAUCGGGAUUCUCUAAUAGCUGUUCUGUGUGAUUUCAUUGGCUCUCUCUCUCUAUACUUUGUUAAAAUAAAUUGAAGUCACCUUUGUCACUACUAGAAGCGAUUUCUGAAACCCUAAAUUUCAUCUGGAACUAAGAUCAAGAGAACUUUUAGAGUUUUAGUGCGUGUUGGUUUCGUAGCUGUGGUUAACGAUGAUCUUAGACGAAACAAAUCGAAAAGAUCUCAUAUUCCUGAUCUUACAGUUCCUUAAUGAAGAGGGCUACGAAGGGAGCUUACACUUACUGGAGCAGGAUUCAGGGAUUUUCUUCAAUUUUAGCUACUUCUCCUAUGCUAUUCUCAAUGGUAACUCGAAAGACGCAGAGGAUUACCUUUCAGCAUUCACUAGUCCUGAUGCAAAUACAUAUUCAAGGAAGAUGUUCUUUGACUUGUUCAAGUGGAAAUUUUUGGAAGCAUCUGAUAGAAUUGGUGGCUCUGAAUCUGUGAACAUUUUCUCCAAGGAUUUGAGACAGAUUCCUGUUUUCAAAGAUGAUUCCUUCGACGAUUUGGUUGAGGUGAUUGCUCCAGAGGAUAUAAGAAUUUCUGAGCAAGCUUGUUGCCUGGACAAAUCAUUGGUGAGAGUUAAACUGUGUGCUGAUCUCCGUAAACAAGCAGAAAGCAAUCCUUCUUUAAGUGGCAAACUUGUUUUUCCGAAUUUGAAUAAAUCCGCACUGCUGUCGCUUAUCAUCCUCAUUUGUCCAACUUGUGAAGGGAAAAAUGGAGGGUUGAAGGAAGAUCUCAUGUGCUUAAUCCUUCAAUUCCUCCAUGAAGCCAAGUACAAGAACACUUUGCAUAAAUUAGAGCAAGAAUCAAAAGUCUUCUUCAAUUUGAAUUAUCUGGCGGAAGUGAUGAGGCUUGGUGAGUUGGACAAAGCUGAAGAGUACCUUGCUGCUUUCACAGACACUCACAAGAAUAAGUACUCAAAGGCUAUAUUUCUUGAAAUCCAGAAACUUAAACGCCUGGAAUUUACAGAAUGGGAGGUUACAACCCCAUAUGGAUCUCUUGAUAACAUCUCGGCAAAGCUUAAGCUGCAUGCCUCUGUUGCCAUGCUAGCCAAGAAGAACCCAGUCCUGAAAGAUAAACUCAAGUUUCCUAGCAUGGAAAAAUCAAGACUUUUAACACUAAUACAGCAGAUUAUGGACUGGUGGAAACCUCGUACCUGCAACAAUCCUUAUACUUUGGAAAAUAUUCCAGUGGUACCGUACCUUUCUGGCGCAUCAUCCUCUUUCAAAAACAAAUUCAGCGAAACAGGGCGAAGGGCGAAUGUUGAUAACUGCGAAGUAAAGGAAAUCAGUGAUCCAUCUGAGUGCAAUGCACUGGCUCUUCCUGAUUAUUGUUCAGGAGGAAGGAUUGUACGUAUGACCUAUUCCCUUUUUGGAGAUUACAUACUGGCUUUGGCAGAAGACGGGAGACAUAAACUCUGGACGUGGUCGAGUAGCCCAUAUGAAUCCUGCAAGUAUACUCCUCGAAUAUUGAAGGAAAAUGUAUUUCCGAAGCCACGGUUACAUCAACCUCAGAGUGGGAAAACUAUGAAGAACGAGAUAGCCACUUCUUCUGAGAGUUCAACGUCAUGCUUUGCAAUCAAGGGUUCCUAUAAUUUCUCUACUUCAGGAGGAAAAAUAGCAGUUUUUGAUCUGAAGAGCUUUGAGAAAGUAGCUGCUUUUGGAAGUCAUACACCUACAGCUACGUAUUUCAUAUUUAUUCCUGGUGAUUUGCUUGCCGUUGGUCUAGAUGAUGGCUCUAUCUUUAUGCAUUGUUUAUCCUCGAGAAAGAUCAAAGAAAAAUUGGAGGGGCACAAUCAGAGAAUUACUUGCCUAGCGUUCUCGCACUGUUUUAAUGUCCUCGUCUCAUCUGGAGCUGAUGGAAAGCUUUGUGGUUGGUGCACAAAAAGCUGGGUUAAGCUAACAAGUGAUAACCCCAUGCAUAAAUUUUGCACCCGGCGUGAUAAUCAUGAGUUCUCCUCUUUAGUAACUCACAUCCAGUUUGACCCGUAUCAAAUUGAGCUACUCGUGGUCCAAGAAGGGUGCAUAAGUGUACUCGAAGCUCCAACUCUCGAUUGCCUUAUGCAGUGGUUACCCAAUGAGUCUGAUACGUCAAUAACUUCUGCUACAUAUUCAUCCGAUGGGGAGAUCAUCUAUGUUGGCUUUAGAAGUGGUUCUUUAAAAAUUCUUGACUCCAAGACCUUUUCCACGAUAUGUCGAGUCAAUCUGACUGCUAUUACUCAACCCAUCCCUAGCAACAUCAGGCUCGAGGUUUACCCGGUUGUUGUAGCCGCUCAUCCAUCUCAUCCGAGCCAGAUCUCUGUUGGGCUUAGCAACGGUAAGGUCAUCGUGUUUCAGCCGUUGGGGAGUGGAGGAUGGGGUGAAUCGGCUCCACCUGAAGACGGUGAAGGUUAUUCUGAUGGCUCAAAUGAAACUGACUACUGACCAAAUAGGUUAUCUUAGCUCUUUUUGUAUGUGUCUGAGCUUACUGCUCUUUUUAUAUACGUCUUAGUGCUUAUUGUUCUUUUGUAUGUUUGCCUAUGUAGCUUAAUUUGUAAUUUAUAUGUCUUUUGUGUAUUAUAUCAUCAUAUAGCAUAUGUCAAAAAGCUUAAUUUGUAAUUAAUAUGUCUUUUGUGAAUUUUAUCAUCAUAAAGCAUAUGUC